GUGUAGGGCAAGGGUUAUGCCAAUGAUCAAGAUAUGUUUAGCAUACUCAACAAGAUGUUGUAAACCAUAUGAGAAAUGACUAGGAGGUUAAAGUUCAUAUUUUUGUAUAUUUAUUGCUUGAAUGUGAGAUUCACUUGAUAUUACGAUUUAUUAUGGCUCGCAAAAUGAUGGUACUUCUUGGACAUGUUUUAUUAAUGGUGGCCCUAAUGGCAAGGUGUCUGGGGGCAAAAAGCACAGAUACAACAGUACCAAUCACAUCAAGUACAACAACAGAAUCAAUAACAACAAUAGCGUCAGAAACAAUUGCAUCAAAUACAACAACAGCUUUAGAAUCAAUUAAUCAAACAGUAGCGUCAGAAUCAACUGCAUCAAAUACAUCAACAGCUUCAGAAUCAAUUACAACAACAGCGUCAGAUUCCAUUACAACAUCGUCAGAAUCAAAUACAACAAAAGUGUCAGGAUCAAAUACAACGCAAUUAGUAUCAACAGUUUUAAGUAUUACGAACACUCAAUCAAUGGGAAAUGAAACAACGGAUGAGGCCACUACUCUCACAGUGACAAGCACCACGACACAAACAACAACAACGACCCCUCCGAAUUCUACACCGGUUGAUAUAUCAAAUGAGAAAAUAGCGAUCCCAGUUGUAUUUACAAAUAUAGAUAGCUCAGGAUGUGCCACAGAAAGAGAAUCGUUUCAAAAACAGUUAACUGAUGGGUUAACAUCGACACCAAAUGCAACCGUCACUUGCGAGGAUUGCUCAGCAAGUACCGAUAGUUUAAUGUGUAAAGUAGAAUACCCAGCUGUAACCUUGAUAGAGAAUAACAAUAGAAAUUCGACAUUUACCACUGAGUUGGGAAAUGUCAUCAGAGAAGCUGCAAAGAAUGUCACAUUUACAAAUGGAACAAGUGCAAGUGUUGACGAUGACAAACUAAAUAUUGCUCUAGGAGUUGCUGGUCAGAUCGUAAAUGAUCCAUGUGGAGAAUUCUGUAACGCUACUCAAAGAUGUCGCUCAAACUCUCUUUAUGCCGGAUCUGCCUUAGCAUGCGAGUCCAAAUGUGCUCUAUUCCUGGAGGACGACUGUAAAGGGGGACAGGGUACAUGUACACUGGACUAUGAGAAGAAUGAACCGUUUUGCAAAUGUAACGCUGAUCAUAUCUACCUUUUUAAGACUUGUGUAAAUCAAUGGUAUAUAGUUGGAGGGGUCGCGGGCUUAGUGGUAUUGCUCAUCAUUAUUAUCAUCGUCGUCGCUGUUUGCUGUAGGAGGAGGAGCCCUCCUAAACAAUCCGAAGAGGAACGGUCUUUGAGGCACGAACGAGAUUUGAAGUCAUAUGAUAACAACGGUUAUACUAGUCAUCCCACAGAGUCGUAUGAAAUGGAAAAGCCGAACUAUGUUCAACCUACAUAUGAUGACAAUUUACCAGCACAAAAUGUGAGAAAUGAGCGCAUGGCAACACCAGCUGACAACACUUAUACUGAACUGCAGAACACAGACGCCUACAAGAACUUCUUUCCACAACUGGAACAUGUCGAUCCAACAGUUGAUUACUCGAUAAAGCGGCCUACGUUUAGGCAUAAUGAUUACCAAUACGAUAGAAAGUAAUAGUUUUCUGGGAUUCUACUCUGCAGCUUCUCUACUGUCUACAGUACUCGAUACAAAGACCCAUUCUGCGAUAUUUCCCACGGUAUUAUUCAUCCAAGCAAUACUGAGGAUACCGGCGAGAUAUCACGUGACAUUAUGGCAACUUUUUGACUGUAGAGUGACUGAUCAAUGAAACAGUCUGUUUAAGUCAUUUCCAUGAUAUGACAUCAAGCACGGCGAUUGGUUUCGGCCGGAAGACGAUUUUUGUGGAGAAGCAGGCCAAGAGUUUUUGAAUGGCUGACAAGACAUUGCAGAUGUUUUCAUUAUAUAGCAUAACAUUAUAUUGGAAUCACAAACAUUUAUGUUAAAAAAAUGUAUUUUGCUUUCCAUCUAAGGCACCUUCAGAAUAAUUUAUUAAUUUGUGUAUUAUUUUUGUAUAUAAAGUUUAAGUUAAUCAUUUGAUUUGAUAUUUUCGUAAUCAUUAACAUGCUAUUGUGAUUUAUAGUUUGUGAUUUAUGUAUUUUUACAUUUUCUACAACGAUCAACAAGAAAUCAAAUUGUUUUGAUUUAAAAAAAUGUUAAAUACAUUUUGCAUACAUGUACUAUUUAUAAUAUGUAAAUGACAAAUAGUUCAGGCCCUAUACUACCUAUAGCAUGAACAUGUAAAAAGUUCUAGUGUAAAUACUUUAUCGAUUCAUCAUGUUGGAGUACGUGUAAUCUUGAAGCACUCUCCUGUUGUUCAGGGUGGAGUGGUCAUAAUGGUUUUGAUCGUUUACAAAGUCAAGCAAGUCAAAUAAAUGUCAGGUAUACAAUACAUUUUAUUGUAGUCUAGUCUAUACUUUUAUCAGACAAUUAUCAGACCAUAAUGUUAAGAAUAUCAAAUGAACAUUGUUCACUAGACAAGAUAAUAAAGACUAUAAAUUACAUUUUUUACCGUUACACAACCCCCUUGGCGUCUAGCAGCUUGUUACAUACAGGGCGUUUUUGUAAAAAUAUUCACCUUUAUAUUGAACUAUUUUCAAUAUUGCUUAUGUAUAUAUUUUGUAAAGGAUUUGAAUAAAUUCAAUUGAUUGAUACAUGAA